AAGUUCCAACACGCUACACCACCAUGCCAAUAAUCACUGUCAUCGGGUCAUUAAACUAUGAUAUAGUGACAUAUACUCCGAUUGUUCCCAAUGCAGGGCAAACAGUCCAAGCCAACUCAUUUGAGACUCAUCCAGGAGGUAAGGGACUCAAUGAAGCCCUUGCCUGUGCUCGACUUUCUGAAUCUGACAACAUCAUUCGCAUGAUUGGAAACAUUGGUGAUGAUUCCUUUGGGAGUCAAUUGAAGCUGAUCUUGGUCAAGAAUGAUGUUGAUGUAAAUUGGGUCAAAACUGUUCCUGGAUCCUCGGGUGUUGCCGUUAUUCUCGUGGAGGAGAAUGCCGGUGGUGAGAAUCGAAUCUUGAUUACUCCCGGUGCCAAUGGAGAGUUGAAACCUACUGAACAAGAGUACCAGGUUUAUUUCCCCAAGAGUGAAGAUUGCACAUUUGUGGUUCUUCAGAAUGAAUACCCUGAUACCAUCAAGUCAAUUAAGUGGAUCAAGUCAAACCGUCCAAGUAUCAACAUUGCAUAUAACCCUUCACCAUUCAGACCAGAGUUGAUCACAUUGGAAAUGUUGGGCAUGUUGGAUUUAUUGAUUGUAAAUGAAGGCGAAGCUCUCGAUGUUGCUCAAGCUGUACUUCCGGAAAACGAGUACAAGAACUUCUUGACGAAAACCAACAACAAGGAUGGAUUUGUUGAGUUAUGCAUCAAACUUCAAUCAUUGAUCAACAAAGAUAAUAUCAAUUGUGUGAUUAUUACUAUGGGUAGUAAAGGAGCUGUGUAUGUCACUUCAGAAUUAGCAAGUCCGAAAUUCCAAGAGGCUAAGAAGGUGGCUAACCCGGUGGAUACCACUGGCGCAGGAGAUACAUUUUUUGGAGCUGUUGUCCUGCAAUUAAGUUCAGGUAAUACUAUUGAGAACGCCGUCAAAUUCGCUACUGCUGCAAGUAGUUUAGCAGUUCAGAAGCGAGGGGCAGCUGAGAGUAUACCUACAUAUGACGAUGUUGUAAAGAUUGUAUAGAAACAUUGCUGGUUUCUUGAUUGCUAGUGUAUAUAUAUUCCUUAACAUGCAUUACUCCAAAACAUCUUUAUAUAAGUGAUGAGCAUUAUUUCAGUAAAACUUGCAAUUCUUGAUAGAACGUGCACCAUUUAGCAUAUCCAUAAGAGGUAAAACCAAAACAAUAGGACCGCAACCAAUGACACUGUUAUCCAAAAAACAGUAGACCUAUUGAUACUCCAAUCUCUUCUCUUAAUUUCAUUUUCAAAGUAUAGUUUAGUCCGCUCAUUAUACUCAUUCUCAAUGUAACUCAACUGUGAUUC